AUGGAUCCAAAGAGAGAGGACAGUGAAACAUCAGAGAAUGAGGAGCAAGAUCCUCUGAAUGAAGCGGAGGAGGAAGAGGAGGAAGAGGAGGAGGAGGAAGAGGAGGAAGAAGAUGAAGAGGAAGAUGCUAAGAUCUUCAACGCCUGGAUGUCGCAGUACAGAGGGGGGGAACGACAGAGGAAGCCCGGGGGUGAGGAAGAAGUGACAGACAAGGCCGAGGAAGUGGAGGAGGAGAAGGAGGAAGAGAGAGCCAGGCCUGUAAGUAGGAACAGCUUGGAGCCUCUGGCCCGGGUGAGGGUGGACCGCCGAGCAUCGCUACCGAGUCCGGCGACCCUCUCGGCCAUGCAGCUGUCGCGCCUCCACUCAUCCAGCGGCGCUGCCGUCACGGCGCGGGUUCUACUGCAUCGCACCUCCUCCCGCCGCCUCCUCCUCUCACCGCAGGAGUCCCCCUCUCCUGUCUCCGCCGCCAUCAAGCCUGCCAUGGAGCGGAGGCCGUCCCUCAUACCCACAAUCCCUGAGGCUGUGCCACCCGAGAGGCGGAGCCAGUUCAGGAGACGCAACGUCAUGUCAUUGAGUGAUGCAUACUGUGUGUGUCUGAUCUGCCACAAUGACUUGAACCAAGGCAGCGGCACUCGAGAGCUGGAGUGUACACACACCUUCCACAAAGAGUGCAUCGAGGAGUGGCUGUGGAGGAAACACUCGUGUCCCACAUGCCGCGUUCAGGUGACGGUGCAGCAGCCCGUCUACGACUGCGUCAAAGUCCCCUGAAACCCGCAGAAACUCCUCCAGAGACUUUGCGUGUGAAGCUGGAGUUUGGAGUUUUUCCAUC